GUUGUAUAUUCGAUUAUACUAUAUAGUAUCAUUAUUGGUUUCUAUUGGUAAUUCUAUGUCAGUUGUUACCUGCGAGGACGAUUUACUUGGGUGUUGUAUUUCGGGUCCUACAAACGGAGAUGUCUGUGAAGAUAAUAUACUUGAAGUAUUUGGUAUAUGAACUAAGGCCGGCGCCGGCGUUUGCUUAGAUGAAGUGGUAGGUACAUUCAGUAUGUUAUCUAUCACAUCUAUAACUUGACGUUUGAAUGAUCUUAUUUGUGUGGAUGUCAUAGAAUUUAAGUCUGGCAGCAAACUUAACAAAAACAUCUUGUUGGCGUUAUUCUUUGUCGACUCGUCAUUGACAUUUGGCUUGCUCAUUUUCGUUUUCAAAUAUUCAUUGAAGAGUUCAUCAUUCUCAUUCGUUCUAUUCUUAUGACGCUGAGAGGAACUACGCCAAGUUGAGACAGAUAACGGGGUUGGAGUACGUUCAGUUUGUUGACUGGAGGAUGCAGUAGGUGAUGUCGGGGGCGGUGGUGAAGCCGAGGGCGAUGGUGAUACGGAGGGCGGUGGUGAUGCCGAGGGCGGUGGUGAUGCGGUAUUUGGCAACUGGCGCAACAUUCACAUCGAUUUCCUUAUAUUUUGCUCGAGGAGACUCUACAGUAUCAAGAAUAAUUGGAGAAAUAACAGCAAUCAUAUGGGAUGCCUUGAAAGAUAUUUAUAUGCCAACACCGGAUAAAAAUCAAUGGAAAAUAAUAGCACAACGUUUUCAUUUACUAUGGAAUUUGCCUAAUUGUUUGGGUGCUCUAGAUGGAAAGCACAUAAGAAUAGAAAAGCUACCAAACUCAGGAUCGCUUAACUUCAACUACAAGUCGUAUCAUUCAAUUGUUCUCAUGGCAUGCAGUGACGCUGAUGGCCUCUUUACAUUCAUCGAAACAGGAUUUGCUGGCAGGAACAGUGAUGGUGGUAUAUUUCGUGCUUCAGCAAUCAAACAUUUCAUUGAAGGGGACAAUCUUGAUCUUCCUACUCCUUUACGAUUACCCAAUGAUGACAACAACUACAAGUUUCCAUUUUACUUUGUCGGAGAUGAAGCGUUUCCGCUAUUGCAUUAUUUGCUACGGCCAUAUCCACAAAGAGUACUUGAUAAUACGAAAAGAAUAUUUAACUAUAGAUUGAGUAGAGGAAGGAAGACUGUAGAAUGCGCUUUUGGGAUGAUGACGGAAAAAUUUCAGGUUCUAAGCACUGCGAUAAGAUGCCACGACAAUAUAAAGAUUAAUAAUAUUGUAAAAUCAGUAUGUAUUUUACACAACUAGGUUAGGAAAAGAGAAGGGCUUCCAUAUCGUGCGUAUGAAGAAAAUUCCAAUAGUACACAUGGUAUAAUACAACCUCAGCAAAUUUAAUUGAAUGCGCAAUCUUCUCCAAAUACGUUAAGAAACUAUUUAGCUAACUACUUUCUUAAACCUCAGGUAGCACUCCCAUGGCAAUAUAAUUGUAUUGUAUAAAUUUUGUUAGUCUGUUUAAAUAACAAAAUUCUGUAAAUGCAAAUAAAUAUUUUACUGGACCACACACCAUUAAGUACUGUAGCAAGUUCUAUUUUCUAAUUUUAACUAUUAAUUUAACAUCAGAUAUUCCCUGUGUUCUGUUUAUGGUUUAGUGGAUACGGAUAUCUGGUACAUUACUAGUUAGUAGCUAAUCAUGAUCCUAGAUCACAAUAACAUGGGUAAUCCGGCGGGUUACAACAUCGGCUAUCCUAAUAAAAUGUACACAAAAUAUCGUGUAUAUGCGUAAAAAAAUCUUAAUAAAAAACAUACUGC